UAGACGGAACUGCACUUUCUGCCCGGAGCGGCCCCUCCUCCGCUGCCUGCACCGGUCUCUACCUCAACGUGACAGACACAGAGCAGACCAGGAUGUUGUCUUAUAUUCGGUCGUAUCUUCUACCUGUUGUCAAGCUUUACCUGCUUGGUCUGGAGGUUCUGCUGGUUCAGCUGUUCAGCAAAACUUUCAGGUUACCAGUGAUGCCCAGACAAGAUGGCAAGGUUGCCAUAGUGACAGGAGGAGGCAGGGGAAUCGGCUAUGAGGUAGUCCGCCACAUGGCCAGACUGGGGGCGCAUGUUAUCAUAGGUGGGAGGGAUGAACAGGAGGGUCUAGCAGCUGUCAGAAGGAUCUGUGAAGAGUACAAAGAGGCCAAAGUGGAGUUCAAGAAACUGGACCUAGCCUCUUUGCAGUCUGUCCGUCAGUUCGUCCAGAGUUUCAAGAAGCGGGACCUACCGCUCAACAUUCUGAUCAAUAAUGCGGGUGUCAUGCUGGUUCCCGAGGGCCGUACUGAGGAUGGAUUUGAGCAGCACUUCGGUGUGAACUACCUAGGCCACUUCCUGCUGACCUGGCUGCUCCUGGACACGCUGAAGAACAGUGGGAAAUCUGGUGACUUCUCCCACGUGGUCAACGUCUCCUCCUCUGCUCACCGCAUCGGCGAGAUCAGACUCAAUGACUUGAAUAGCUGCCAGUGUUAUUCAGCCUACAGAGCUUAUUGUGACAGUAAGCUAGCACAGCUGUUAUUUAGCUCCCACCUCCACCGAGAGCUGCAGGACGGCGGUUUCUCAGUGAGUUCAUGUGCUGUGGAUCCUGGCAUGGUGGAUACUGCUCUCUACAGACAUCUCUGGACGCCCCUCCGCCUGGCACAGAGUGCUCUCGCUCGCCUCCUUUUCAGGACUCCUGCAGAGGGCGCUGCCAUUGUGCUGUACGCCGCUCUGUCUCCGGCCCUGGAGGGGGAGUGUGGAGGAGGCUACUGGGCCAAUGGGCGCAGGGAGACGACGACACCGCCGACCUUUGACCUCAAGCUGCAGCUGAGCCUAUGGGAAGCCAGCCACAGGUUGCUGGUCCUGCAGUAGCACGGGACUAAAGGACGACUAACUGAGCUAAAACCCAGAUGAAAGCAUCGGAUAUAGACCCUUAACUCGGGCCAGCUAACCCCCCCUCUCCCGUUUUUUCUCAGUCUCUUUUUCUCUGUUCAUACCUCACGUCGAGGUUUUCGUAGCGAUUUAUGUUGACAAUCUCACAAUCCACCGCUGGACUGUGAUUGGUUAUUUGGGGAGUGAAGUCCCCCUUUUUGUUCCAGACUGGCCAAAGAAGGGCUACAGGGGAUGGAAAACGUUUUUUUUUGUUUUUCACUGUGAGCAAGCAAACAUACACACACACAUACACAGUACACACACACUUUAGAGUUGUACCGAUAUUUAAUUUUGCUGCCAUAGAUACCAAUCAGUUCAAUUAUGAAUCAGAUAUAAGUUAUCAUCCAUCUCUGAUAUAGUUGAGUUUAUUCCCUUGAUCAUAGCUAACCUCAGAUGUCUGACCAGAGAAAUCACUCCACAGUGAGGUGUUCAAAAACCUGCAAUGAAACCUGCCUCACUUUGCCUUAAUGUCAAUAGUCUGGCUUUCAGUGAAGAGUUUCAUUGUUCCACAGUAAACUAGAUGCUGUUUCAGAGGCUUUUACAUCCUAAAAAUAAAACUCUAGACGAACAUUAAAAAUGCUUCUUGGGUGUGAAAAGAGUUCAAUUCAAAAGCAGAUAUUUGGCGUAUCGGCGUCAAAAUCACAUGUCGGUCAAGCCCUAGCACACACGCACACACACACACACACACACACACACAGACAUAUUCCAUGACAGUAGUUUUUUUUUUCAAACCUGAAACCGCCUUGCUGUAGCGGGGGAAUGUGAUGUCAUCAGGAUGUUUCGACACAUCACAAUGAUCUCUCAGAUCAUCUUGCCAUCCCACCUGUUAGACUGGGAGCACUUUGUGUUUUUUGGUACAUUCGUGUGCUUUUACUGGUUACUAAUAAUUCCUCAUGUUAACUCCUGGUAGUUGUAUGACGAGCUGUGUUUUGAAAAGGUGACUCUUGUUGUACUCAUGAAAAUGCUGAGAGAACAUC